AUGAUCCGUCACGGUUUCUUAAUCAUCUCCAUUCUCGUUUCCGCCGCCGUCGCCGGAGGAGAAGCAGCAACGUCGCCGGCGUACGUUCCCACCGAUGUCUUUCUCUUCAACUGCGGCGAUACCUCCGAUAAAACCGACGAUACUGGCCGGAAUUGGACGGCGGAGAAUCGGAAAACCUUACCGUCGAAUUCAAUCAACUCAUCGUUCGCUUCAGAUGCGACUUCCCAAGAAUCUGGAGUUCCUCUGAUUCCAUACAUGAAAGCUCGGAUUUUCCGAUCUGAUUUCACUUACAGUUUUCCGGUCUCUUCCGGUCCGAAAUUUCUCCGGUUAUACUUUUACCCGACCCGGUACGGAUCCGGUUUCGACGCCGUUACUUCCUUCUUCUCCGUCACCGUCAACGGUUUUACUCUCUUGAAUAACUUCAGCGCCGAUUUAACGGUAAAAGCUUCCAAAGAAUCUUUUGUGAUCAAAGAGUUUAUCGUUCCGGUUAACCAGACGACGUUAAAUCUAACGUUCGUACCGUCUUCGAAUUCGUUAGCUUUCGUUAACGGAAUCGAGAUUGUCUCUAUGCCUGAUCGGUUUUACUCAAAGGGAGGAUUUGACGACGUGAUAUCAAACGUUGGUAGUAACGUUGAAUUCCAGAUAGACGACAACUCAACAGCUUUCGAGUCUGUUUACCGGUUAAACGUCGCCGGACAAACGAUCGGUGAUACCGGAAUGUUCCGGAGGUGGAAUUCCGAUGUUGACUUCGUACUCGGGAAUUCGGGAACUUUUCCGAACGUACCGGAUGUAAAGAUAAAUUACACGGCGAAAACUCCGGCGUAUGUUGCGCCGGAAGACGUUUACGCCACUUGUCGUGUGAUGGGGAACGCGAAGAACCCGAGAAUCAACUUGAAUUUUAACCUUACAUGGCUAUUCCCGGUCGAUACCGGGUUUAACUACCUCGUUAGGCUUCAUUUCUGUGAGAUCCCAGAAGUAACCAGAUGGGGCCAACGAGUGUUCUCUAUCUUCAUUGGAGAGCAGAUCGCUAAGCGUGAGAUGGAUGUGUUUCGGUUGAGCGGUGGUUCAUGGAUUCCAAUGUAUCUAGACUUUGUAUUUGUCGGUUCCGGAAGGGAUCUACUACUCGAGUUGCAUCCUUUCAUCGACGUUAAUCCAAUGUAUCUCGACGCUAUACUAAAUGGUGUAGAGAUUCUCAAGAUGAGUAAUUCCGAGGGUAAUCUCGCUGGACCUAAUCCAAAUCCUGAAGCAAGUCCCGCACCAAAUUUUGUAACACCGAGUAAACCAAAAGGCAAGUCAAAUGUUUUGGCUAUAAUACUUGCAGUGGUUGGUUCUGCAAUUGUGCUAGCAAUGUUAGUUGUUGUUGUGGUCAUGUUGUUGAUCAAGAAGAAGAACAAGGUAAAAGAGUUUAGUGUACAUGCCACAAGCAAGCCAACGGAUUCGUGGACUCCUGUUCCCACAGGAUCCACGAAUACUAGAUCAGCCACAUCAUCUCUCCCGUCGGAUCUCUGCCGCCGAUUCUCUAUCCUCGAAAUCAGAUCCGCAACAAAUGAUUUCGAGGAAAAGCUAAUCGUUGGGGUAGGUGGGUUUGGUCCGGUCUACAAAGGAAGAAUUGACGGUGGAACCACACUUGUAGCGGUUAAACGGUUAGGCAUUUCAUCCAACCAAGGGAUUAAGGAGUUCGAAACAGAGCUCGAGAUGCUCUCAAUGCUCCGCCAUGUACAUCUCGUCUCUCUAAUCGGUUAUUGCGACGAAGAGAACGAGAUGGUGCUUGUCUACGAGUAUAUGCCUCGUGGCACGGUUAAAGACCAUCUAUACAAGAGAGAUAAAGUUUUCGAUCCUCCAUUGUCUUGGAAACAAAGAUUAGAGAUUUGCAUCGGAGCAGCUCGUGGAAUACAAUAUCUCCAUACAGGUGCGAAACAGACGAUCAUACAUAGAGACAUCAAAACCACAAACAUACUUCUUGAUGAGAACUACGUAGCUAAAGUCUCUGACUUUGGUUUGUCCAAAGUGGGUCCAACUAGUGCUUCUCAAACGCACGUUUCGACCGUCGUUAAAGGAACGUUUGGUUACUUGGACCCUGAGUAUUAUCGCCGUCAAGUCUUGACGGAAAAAUCUGACGUGUACUCAUUCGGAGUUGUUCUGUUCGAGGUUUUGUGUUGUAGACCGGUCAAGAUCGAAAAUGUUGAACCGGAACAAGCACAUUUGGUCCGUUGGGUGAAGUCAAACUACAAAAAAGGAACCGUUGAUCAGAUCGUUGACUCAGAUCUAACGGCUGAUAUUACUACGACAUCAUUGGAGAAGUUUUGUGAGAUUGCUGUGAGAUGUGUUCAAGAUCGUGGUACCGAACGACCAUCGAUGAACGAUGUCGUUUGGAGUCUUGAGUUUGCGCUUCAGCUUCACGAGACCAGUAAGAAGAAGAAGAAUGGUGUGGAGUCUAUGGAGCUGCCACGUGGCGAGGUGGGAACGACGACCACUGAUGGAGAAGAUGACUUGUUUAGUAGGACUACAGGAGGACACAUGUCGAAAUUUACGACGACUGAUGAGGAUUCUGCUCCUCUGGUUGGUGAUGAGAGAAGUGGAUCGAGUUGGGGAGUGUUUUCGGAGAUCAAAGAACCUAAAGCACGGUAG